CUCUGUUCCUUUACUGGACACGUAUUCAUUGUUUCUUUACUGGAAUAUGGAAAAGUAAGCAGAAUCUCAAGAAACAGCGAAAGCACUACUAUACAUUCCACAAGGAAAAAGGUCACAUAGCUUUGCCACUGGACUGCUUAAAGAAUCAUAGAAGCAAGACAUAAAUGUAUGAACAAUGGGAAAGAAACUAUUCAUGGCCCAAAAGAGAGGGGAAACACGAGCAGUUUGUUUGGGCAUCGGAAUGAUUAUCUGCUCUGUGAUGAUGUUUUUUCUUCUGGGAGUGACUGUACUGCCUAAAUAUAUAAAAAGUGUGUGGACUGAAGAAACUAAGUGUACCCUUGUUCAAGCUACUUUCAAAGAAACAGCCAACUGUGUUCAUAAUUCUAACACAAAGCUCGAAAGUAUAUUAAAAUACCCCUGUCUGGAGGUAUUGGUAAAUAUGAAUUAUUCAGAAGAUAUAUUUAUGCUAUAUCACACCGAGGAAUCUCCAGAAUGGAAUAAUAAGUGCACCUACAUUCCUGAUUGUAAGGAAAACUAUACAGAAGUGGAAAUGAAUAUACAAGAAAUUCAAGGAAAAUUCAAUAAGUCAUCUUCAUUUACUUGUUACUUUGAUCCAAAGGGGAGACAGAAGAGCAUUAUUUUAAUGAGGAAGUUUGGACCCCAAAAGAUGAUUUCAUACUUUUUCUGGCCAACAUCAAUGUUUACUGUUGGACUUUUCGUUGUUAUUAUUGUAAAAAUAAGUCACUGUUUUGCUAUGGUUUCUGUGCAAGUAAACAGAGCAAAUACCUGAUUCUAUGAAUUGUUUCUCAUGAUGCAGCCCAUGUGUACAUGCUACCCCUACAUACUUAUGGUAUUUCUAACACAAUUCUAAUAACAGUCAAAAACACAUAAAAACUAUAGAAAAUGACUGAGCACUAUCUCAUCUAUAUGUUGUAACAUAAUACACAAAUAAGUAAUUUGUUGAUGAUACAGAAGUCUAUGUUGAUUUUGUUAAUACUAUACAAUUUAUUUACCUGUUACUGAUCUUCUUAAAAUAACAUGAGCGCAUGGAUGAUAUACAACAAGUAAUGUGAGUGAAUGAGUUGGCUGUCAUCAGUGUUUUGGCAAUGGUCU